GGAGGCCCAGAUCGCAACAUCCGCAAGCUCGAGUCCGGUAAGCAAGGAUACGGAUAGCUUGAUCGAUGAACGUGAGUGUUUCCAACACGUGCCAUGUAUGGUUUGUCAUGAUGGAGCGGUUGCAGUUCCUGUUAUCCCCGCACCAAGAUGGAAUCAUCAAACAACUACAAUUGCAGCUUCGCUUCCUUUAUCCAUUAGCUUGGUUCCUCACCCAUAUUCACAGUCUAGUAUGACGCUACAACUCAAGUCGAGCCUCAUCGAAGGACAAAGCGUUCUUGUCCCUCCACUUAAACAACCUAUUGCCACCGAUUCGGUAGUAGGCGAGAGGAGCGAACGUAGGAGCGGUGCCAGGAUGCGUAGCAAGAGCUUUUCAUCUGUCGCUCGAGAUAGGACAUAUGCAGAACGUGACGUUCAAAGGUCUCAGGACCCCGGAGACGCACUGGGUGUACCGGAUGAAGAAGAUGAGGAGGAAGAGGUCUUAGGAGAGGACGAGAUCGAAGAGAAAGGCAGAAGAAAUGCGUUCAAGAUUCUCAACCGGCAGAGUGAUGUCCCAGAUGAAACCAUGUGGAGGAGCGUUGCCGGGUGAUGAGGUCCCUCCCGCUUUCACACCACUCACUAUCACGCUUAUUU